CGUAGUUGUGCUUCUUCCAAAUCUUGAAUUUGUCUUUGCUUCCAAACGAAUCAAAUAUCAGAAGUAACACCGCAGAGAUGUCUGCCAACAAUGAUGACGAUGAUAGGCAAUACCUAUUUGUGAUACGGCACGGAGAUCGAUGGGAUUAUAGUUACCCGAACUGGAAAAAACUCCCUACUUCAAGAUUGGGGGAUAGCCCGCUUUCUCCCCUUGGUCAUCAGCAGGCACGAGAAGUAGGCCAAUUCCUUGAUUCUUGGUUAUCUGAGAGAAAUUUUUCUGCGAAGGAUAUGACAUGGAUGUCUUCCCCUUUCUUACGAUGCAUUCAGACUUCGAACGAAGCCUUGAAUGCAUUUCGUUCAAUUGAUGUUUCUUCCGAUCUCAACAUUCUUCCCGAGUAUGCAAUCUUCGAAUGGGAUGGUCACAACGGAGAAUGGCACAAAGAUUUACCACCACUCGAAGAGCGAGUCAACUAUUUUCCAAGACUCGAUAUUUCGUACCAGAGCCUAUUCGUUCCGUCUCUGCCAGAACCAAGAUCUACCUUCUUCGAUCGUUGCAAUCGCGUGGUAGAAACAUUCAACGAGAGGCAUCCCUACAAACCGCGGCAGGUAUUUUUCAUGGUGUCCCAUGCGGCGGGUUGCGUCGCCAUGUCGAAAGCGUUAUCUGGUCUUCCGCUGAACGAGAUCACACCGGCUGGGCCUUGCAGCAUAUACAUGUUCUCUCGGACGAGUGGGUCCGAGAAAUGGACCUUGGAUCCACAUGACCAACCGAAGAGUAUGAAUGGUUUCACAGAUCAUUUAAAUGACAUGGGUACGGCAACCGUUCCUUGGAACAAUUUCGGAGAUGGGAAGACAAAGUUCUAUACUGGACCAAAGAAUUCAAGAUUCGCUCCUAAAGAAUGUUCGGAAAAAUAAAAAAUAGGAGUUAUGAUGGGAAAAAUACGUUGCCAUAAGCUAUAUUGUCUCAAGGGCACCUUUGUCAAUUUCAUUUAGUCGUAGGAUGAAUUAUUCCUUUGAAGUGUUUCUGUCUACGUUUAUCGAAUCUUUGUCUGAAAUCCGGUGAACGGAACUCCCUCAAUCGACAUCCAUUCAAAUGCGUUUUCCAAAAACUUUCAAUGUCGCUCGUCAAUAUCGAGGACUAGGAGACCCGAUCGUGUCCGUUCGUUGGAAAAGGUACAGAUAGGCGUGCUGAAUAGGUGGAUUUUCGGAGAGAGCUACUUUCUCAUCGUUGAAAAUGACCCAUUUUCCAUCCUCUUUUCUCUUGAUAUGAGCCACGUAGUGACCACUUCCAGUAUUCUUACCAAUGUGCGAGAUCAUUCCAAGCAUACUAUAUUUGCCCUCUCCAUCUUCCAGGUCUACCUUUGGUCCUGUUCCAUCUCCGGUACUGCUUGUUGAACCUUGUCCUUGCAAAUUCGCUAUCGCCCCAUCCAAAUCAUCCAUGUGCGAAAAAAGCCAAUCCGCUGCUCGAUCCGCAGCACCGUUCGUCUGCUUUAAAGCGACACGAACUUGAUCAAUGGUAAACAUUCCUAGGUUUUCGACGAGGGACAUGACAACCGUGUCAUCUACAUCGCCGCUACUAGAGGCAGUGAAUGCUGCCGGGUUGGUCUCGGGGAUCGGAUCAUUGAAAUCAGGGUCCAUGUUGUGCUCAAAAAUCCAAUUCAUUGCCGCUUCUGCAUCUGAUCCUCCGACAGCCAUCAGAGCUCUCUUGCAUCCAUUCAUUGUAAAACCCAUAUCCAUCAGCUGUCCCAGAGCGGCUUCACUAAUUUCGGGCUGCGUUGCAGCAGCACUUGCUGGUCCUCCCCCCUCCUCUUCUGGAACCAAAGACUCAGUUUCUUGGGGACCUACGGCCUUGUAACUUGUGAGAUCAAUAGAUUCUGGAAUAUCGAGAUUGACUUCUAGCUUGAUCGGUUGCCAAUCCGGACCCAGUUCGUAUCGUUGGAUUUGAACCCAUAAAUACCGAGGAAAAUUUUUGAAACGGCUUGUUUCCGUUGCGUCAUGAGCUGCGUUGUCCAGGUGUGGCCAGCGAAUGUUCUCAAGGGCUGUUUCGGCCGACCACGAGUCCAAGCAUUGGGAAAAUGUGACCGUAGGCACCUCGGUGUUCUCUUCUCCUUCUUGCUUUUGUUUUUUUGGUUCUGGUUCCUGUGCAGGAAUGACCUUUGCCUUUUCCAUUGGCAAACGCAAACUCCACAUUGUCUCCGCGGCACUGUCUUUGUAUUUGAUCUUUUUAUCGGCACUGCAAACUAUUCUCGAUUCGAUCUUGAAAGAGAAGAGGUUCGAUGUUGGAAUAAUGUCACGAUCAUUCUUGAGUUCGGCGCGAUCAAUUUGCUCCAAGAAAUAUAGUAAAAACUGAGCAGCAUCCUGUUGUUGCCCCGUGCGAAAGUCGACAUGAUCUUUGCCAAUCAAAUGUUUGAACAUGCGUGGAGUGACGCGAUACUUCGGGUUCGUAGGUCCUUCAGCCUCCAAUUCUUCCUCGGGAAUAGCGUAAGUUCCGCUUGUAAGUGCGCUUAUCAGUUUACUAGUUUGGACCAAGAGUUCGUUCGGCGCCGAAGAUGGAGAAAUUCCUUCGAAGAAUCGAUGGUGGAAAACAUCACCGCCCGGCUUCGUCCCAUAUCGACUGGCUAUUUCCGGCAGAGCUACCAAUGCUUGCAUUGCGCUAUUGCAGUAACAAGUGUUCCCCAAGUUGACAAGUCCCUGUAGCCCUGGUCCAGUGACUGAUAUCAGCUUGGAGCCACUUUCGGUAAUCGCAUCGAAUGCAUAGUUCUAAGUCAA